AUGGCGAGGUUAUUGUUCGCGAGUAUUUUAAUUUUAUUUUAUAUAGAAGAUAUAAAAGCUGCAAGAAUAUUAGCGGUAUAUCCAACGCCAUCAAUAAGUCAUCAAUUAGCAUUCAGACCUUUGACCAAUGAGCUAGUAAGAAGAGGACAUGAAGUAACAGUUGUCACCACGGAUCCUGAGUACAAACUAAAAGAAGCACCAAAUAACUUAACAGAAAUAGACGUCCAUGAACUAUCUUACACUAUGUGGCAAAACGUAUUACAUAGUAAAUCUUUUGGAGAAAUUAAAGAUAUCUACACACAAAUGAGUAAAAUAAUUCGACUCAUAAACGAAAUUUUUUAUCUACAAAUUCAAACAAAUGAAAUUCAAGAUAUAAUUAAAAAGAAAAAUGGAGAAUACGAUUUGUUAUUGUUAGAAGCUUGUGUUCAACCUACAUUGGUACUUUCACAUUUGUUUAAAGUGCCAGUUAUCUAUAUUAGUUCUAUGAGUCCGAUGGAGUAUCAUUUGAAACUAAUUGGAGCUGCAACACACCCUCUUUUGUAUCCAUCACAAUUUCAUCAAAGAUUGUACAAUCUCUCAAAAUGGGAGAAGCUUCAUCAAAUGUAUAACCAUUGGUGGCUUGAAAAUGAAUUAUAUCAAAUACAGCAAGAUAACGAUAAAGUGUUGCAGUCCAUGUUCGGUUCUGAUGUUCCGUCUUUAAAUGAUUUAUUUAAUAAUAUACAUAUGAUUUUUUUUAACGUUCAUCCGAUUUGGACCGAAAAUCAACCAGUGCCAUCCAGUGUUAUUUAUAUGGGAGGAAUACACAAGACACCCCCUAGACAACUUCCACAGGACUUACAGCUUUAUUUGGAUUCAUCGAAAAAUGGGGUUAUUUACUUUAGUUUUGGAACAAAUGUUAGUCCAUCUCUUUUGCCUCCUGACAAAAUAGAAAUGUUCGUAAAGGUUUUCUCUCAACUACCAUAUGAUGUUCUGUGGAAGUGGGAUAAGGACGUGUUGCCUGGCAAGACAGAUAACAUUAAAAUAUUCAAAUGGCUUCCACAAUCUGAUCUUCUUCGUCAUUCAAAUAUCAAGCUAUUUAUAACUCAAGGAGGAUUACAGUCUACAGAUGAAGCUAUAAGUGCAGGAGUGCCUCUCAUUGGUAUACCAAUGUUGGGAGACCAAUGGUACAAUGUUGAAAAAUACGCUCUUCAUAAAAUCGGAAUUCGAUUAGACCUGGCUUCGUUAAAUGAAAAUCAAUUCGGGAAUGCAAUCGAAAAAAUCAUCAGUGAUAACAGCUAUCGUGAUAAUAUCGUGCGGUUACGAAUACUUAUGGAAGAUCAACCACAGUCACCGUUGGAGCGAGCGGUCUGGUGGACGGAACACGUGUUACGUCACGGCGGAGCUAAACAUUUGCGUGCAGCUGGCGCUAACAUGUCUUGGGCGGAAUAUUUAGAAUUAGAAUUAGUAUUAAUCGUAGUAAUUUCAAUAUUAAGUCUAUUAUUAAUAUUUUCUUUAUCCAUUUACAUUUUCUGCUACGUUUUCUCGAAGUGUUAUCGUUUACAAAGUAAAGAACAUUUCUUGUGA